GAUGAGGAGGGAGCUUCCAUCUACUCUCUGCUUCUUCAACCUCUUUUAAGAGCAAUUUAGACAUAGACUAAGAUCACAUUCCCGAACCUAAUUCAUGAUUAGCUGACCGGAGAGAGAAACGGGAAGAGUCUGCUCUAGUUCUAAUACUGUUAGGUGGAUUUGAAGUAAAAAAAGUGUGAUUAUAAUUUUUCCUUUUUUAUUUUUAUUUUUUUUUUGGGAGUUUUAUUCCUUUUUUUGUGCUCUCUCGUAGGAGGUAUUUUGCAGAUGCCUUUAUAACGCGGAUGCAUUUGAGAUGAGAAACGAAAAGCUUGUAGCUAUAUUCCGCUUUUCAUCUCUUAUCUGAGCGAUCAUCAUGCCCACACGCGCGUCUCUUUUCCCGGAGAAAGGACGCGGCAUGACGGGAUCGGCACAUUCUCACACUUUUCCAGCUCAACUGUAAACACACCGAUCGGGGCUAAUUGGAUUUUAUAACAUCCACCUACUCAUCACAAAAAAAAUAUAACAGGCAAACUCGCGUCCACAGCGCGCGGCCACGCACGGCUGGAAGUUGCAUCUUUCUGUAAUGGCGCGAUUUUUCGGCCAGGGCAAUUUAGAGAAAUCAUACCCAUAGACUAUCCCGUCCUGCACUGAAAUUUACAAGGCAGAAACUGAGCAACUUCAGCUGGGGGUUUUCUUUUCUGUAGGAUGUCGCGCCGCAAGCAAGCGAAACCAAGAUCACUGAAAGUAGAAGACAAUGUGACAGAGGACCAGCACAGUCCUGGGCAGACUGCCAUUCCAAGCGAUCCAGAGUGCGCCCUCGAGAGGGUGGCGGAGGAUGGUGAGGCCGGGCAUCUGAGGAAGAGACUGCUCUCUCCAGAGGAAGGAGAGGAGGGAGAAGAGGAGGACGAGGAGCCUGCGCUGCACAGCUGCGACAGCUGCCGGCAGGUGUUCGAGUCGCUGAGCGAUCUCACCGAACACAAGAUUAAUCAAUGCCAGCUGACAGAUGGUGCUGAUCUUGAGGAUGACCCAUCUUGUUCUUGGCCUGCAUCAUCUCCUUCUAGUAAAGAUCAGACUUCUCCAGGACAUUGUGAGGACUAUGAGUUUGGAGAGGAAGAAGGAGGCCCUGGUCUGCCUUAUCCAUGCCAGUUCUGUGAAAAGUCCUUCAGCCGCUUAAGCUUCCUCAAGCGCCACGAGCAGAGUCACGGUGAUAAGCUCCCCUUCAGUUGCACAUUUUGCAGCCGCCUGUUUAAACAUAAGCGCAGCAGAGAUAGACACGUGAAGCUUCAUACAGGUGAUAAGAAGUACCACUGUGGAGAGUGUGAUUCCGCCUUCUCCCGUAGUGAUCACCUCAAAAUCCACAUGAAAACCCACGCCUCCAACAAACCCUACAAGUGCCCUGUGUGCCGUCGAGGAUUCCUCUCUUCCAGCUCCCUCCAUGGCCACAUGCAAGUACAUGAAAGGGGGAAAGAUGGUGGCAGUUCAGGCUUCAAUAGAGCUGACGAAUGGAAACUAAAAGAAACUCGAAAGUGCAGUCGGUGUGAGGAAGGGUUUGAUGUCCCUGAAGAGCUACAGCGACAUAUCGCAGAGUGUCACCCUGAAUGUUCUCCAUCUGAAGACGGAGGACUUGGGGCUACCUUACAGUGCAUUUACUGUCACGAGCCUUUUAGUGAUGAGAGUGCCCUGCUAACCCAUAUUGACCAGGCCCACAGCAGAGAUAGGAAGGGCCACACCUGUACCAUCUGCUCAGAGCAUUUUUUGUCUGUUGAGGACCUCUAUGCUCAUAUGGACAUCCAUCAGCUCCCUGAAUCCAGUAAUCAUAGCAACAGUCCUUCCUUACUUACUGUGGGCUAUACGUCUGUCUCCAGCACCACUCCUGACUCCAACCUUUCUGUUGACAGCUCCACGAUGGUGGAGACAGCACCACCUGUGGCAAAGACCAGAGGAAGGAGGAAAAGAGCUUCUCAGAACACAUCUGACUUGGGAGGGAGGUCUUCAAAACAGCCUAAGAUUUCCUACAGUUGCAUUUACUGCAACAAACAAGUGUUUUCUAGCCUAGCUGUUCUUCAAAUACACUUACGAACCAUGCAUCUCGACAAGCCAGAGCAGGCUCAUACUUGCCAGUUUUGUUUGGAGGUUCUUCCGUCACUGUUAAACUUAAACGAGCAUCUUAAACAGAUUCACAAUGCAGAAGACCAUGCUGCCCUGUUAGCCAGCCUGCCAGAUGCCCUCCUUCAGUGUAACUUUUGCCCUGAGGUGUUAAGUGACCUUAAUGCCCUCCAAGAGCACAUCCGCUGCUCCCAUGGUUUUCCCAGUCCAGUUGCCAAGGAGAGCAAUGCCUUCUUUUGCCCCCAAUGCUUUAUGGGGUUUUUGACUGAAGCUACAUUAGAGGAACAUGUUCGUCAGACACACUGUGAUGGAGGAAGCCUGCGGUUUGACUCACCUUUGGCUGUUACUCCCAAGGAGCCUAUAGUAGAGGUUUACUCCUGUUCAUAUUGCACCAACUCUCCCAUUUUCAACAGUGUUUUAAAACUCAACAAGCACAUAAAAGAGAACCACAAGAACAUACCUCUGGCUCUGAACUACAUCAACAAUGGAAAGAAAUCUUUACGCACUCUCAGCCCCUCUUCUCCAAUAUCUGUGGAACAAACUGCCAUGCUAAAACAAGGGGGAUCUGCCUCACGUAAUACAAGUGAGUUUAUAUGUAACCAAUGUGGUGCCAAGUAUACAAGUUUAGAUCUUUUCCAGACUCACCUCAAAACUCAUUUGGAUGGCUUACAGCCUCAGCUGACUUGUCCCCAGUGCAACAAAGAAUUCCCCAACCAAGAAUCCUUACUCAAGCAUGUGACAAUUCACUUUACGAUUACCUCCACUUACUAUAUAUGUGAAAGCUGUGACAAGCAGUUCACUUCAGUGGAUGACCUGCAAAAGCACCUUCUCGACAUGCAUACUUUUGUGUUUUUUCGUUGCACUCUGUGCCAAGAGGUCUUUGACUCAAAGGUGUCAACACAACUUCACCUGGCUGUAAAGCAUAGCAAUGAGAAGAAGGUAUAUCGUUGCACAUCCUGCAACUGGGACUUCCGACACGAAACUGACCUACAACUGCAUGUCAAACACAGCCAUCUGGAAAACCAAGGUCGUGCCCACAGAUGCAUUUUUUGUGGUGAGUCCUUUGGUACAGAGGUAGAGCUGCAAUGCCACAUUACCACCCACAGUAAGAAGUACAACUGCCGUUUCUGCAGUAAGGCCUUUCAUGCCAUUGUCCUUCUGGAGAAGCAUUUAAGGGAGAAACACUGUGUGUUUGAAGGAAAGACCCAAAAUUGUGGCACUAAUGGCUCUACUGUAAGUGGUGGGGAAGGUCAGCCUAAGGAAGAUGAAAUCCAAAGUCUCUUAACUAACAGCCAUGGUCCAGGAACAGGAGUAUCUGUGAUGGAGUCCCAAAACAGCCAUGAUGGAAGUGAGGAAGAGGUGGACACUGCAGAACCCAUGUAUGGAUGUGAAAUAUGUGGGGCAUCUUACACCAUGGAGUCGCUCCUCACUAACCACCAGUUAAGAGAUCACAAUAUCCGCCCCGGCGAAAGUGCAAUGAUCAAAAGAAAAGCUGAAAUGAUCAAGGGGAAUCACAAGUGCAAUGUCUGUUCCCGUACCUUCUUCUCUGAGGCUGGGCUGAGGGAACAUAUGCAGACUCACCUUGGGCCUGUAAAGCACUACAUGUGUCCCAUUUGUGGCGAACGCUUCCCUUCCUUGCUUACCCUAACAGAGCACAAGGUAACCCAUAGCAAGAGUCUGGACACAGGCAGCUGCCGCAUUUGUAAGAUGCCACUGCAGAGUGAGGAAGACUUCCUUGAGCACUGCCAGAUGCACCCUGAUCUUAGGAACUCUCUGACAGGUUUCCGCUGUGUGGUAUGCAUGCAGACAGUGACCUCCACAUUGGAGCUUAAGAUCCAUGGUACCUUUCACAUGCAGAAAACAGGCACUAUGUCCUCCAACCAGCCUAUGGGUCGCAACAAUCCCAUCGCUCAAAGCCAACAGCCACACCAUGCUCAAAAGCUUUUUAAGUGUGCCUCGUGCCUAAAAGAUUUCCGGUCCAAAUUAGACCUAGUGAAGCUUGACAUCAAUGGGCUUCCAUAUGGUCUCUGUGCAUCGUGUGUGACAGCCGCUGGCUCAAAAAGCUCUAGCCCAACAGUGAACGGAGGAAGGCAACAGCAGGGUGGGGCCACAACCCCUGCUACAUCUACUGCUAUGUGGGCACCAGGGGAAAGUUUGAGCCCAGGAGAAGGAAAAGGCAAGGGUGUUUCUUCAUCAUCCUCAUCCUCUUCUACAUCCUCUUCAUCUGCCAUCAAGACUCGUUGUUCAAGCUGCAAUGUGAAGUUUGAGACUGAGGCAGAGUUGCAAAACCAUGUCCAGACGGUCCAUCGAGAACAAGCUGGGGAUAGCAACAGCGCACAGCUGAAAACCCCCCAGGUGUCACCAAUGCCGAGAGCUAGUCCCUCACAGACUGAGGAGAAGAAGACAUACCAGUGCAUCAAAUGUCAGAUGGUUUUCUACAGCGAAUGGGACAUCCAAGUUCAUGUGGCCAAUCACAUGCUGGAGGAAGGACUGAACCAUGAAUGCAAGCUCUGUAGUCAGUCAUUCGACUCACCGGCGAAGCUUCAAUGCCACCUGAUUGAACACAGCUUUGAGGGCAUGGGUGGAACCUUUAAGUGUCCAGUCUGCUUUACAGUAUUUGUCCAAGCCAACAAGCUGCAGCAGCACAUUUUUUCUGCCCACGGCCAGGAGGAUAAGAUCUACGACUGCUCGCAGUGCCCGCAGAAGUUCUUCUUUCAGACAGAGUUACAGAACCACACAUUGACUCAGCACAGCAGCUAACGUGGCAGAGCUCAGUGCCGUGACCAAGAACAAGGAUUGCAUGACGCACAGAACAAUGCCUGACCGCCAAUUAUCGUCGGAGCGUUUUCCCACUGACUGACUUGUUCUGAACUUUCGAUUCAGCCACGCUGUCAGAAAAAAACACUACAGAAGAAGGAAGAAAAAAAAGAAGUUACAGAAACAGUGAAAGAACUUAAAAGAAACCUCUGUGUUCUUUACUGGUAAUUGUGUCCAAAUAAAGAAAAGGUAAUAUUCUUUGUACAUAGAAUUUCCUCAUGUGUUGCUUAUCUACAGGUAUAUUACAAUCUUAUACAGUAUUUGCCAAUGUACAGUUAAAAUGUUUGUCUAAAAAAAAAAGAAUAAAGGAGGGAAAAAAAAAUAUCAUUAAAUCUGUUAAACAAAAAAUGGGUUUUGAUCCAUUGUAAGAAGCGGGGUGCCACUGGGAGCACAGGACUCUUUUCAUUACUGGCACUCCUUCGUGAUAAAUGCAGACACAGUCAAUCAUGAUGAGGUAAACCUGUAAAAACGGGAUCUCGAUUCACCAGCGUAGGCAGAUAUCUUGUCUGUGUGUCUGUCAUACAACAAGCAUGGCUGCCAGAGGACGAGCUAUGGGAUGACAGCGCAACAAAUCUGCUUUGUCUAUGCUGAAAUUCAUGUGAGAUUCAGGAGAAAAAAAUAGAGAAGAGGGGGAAAAAAACUAACAGGUCAGGGGACAGGCAGGAUGCUGAUAUAUGCAAACGCAGUGACACAGAUUUAGAAAAGGCUAGCUCCUCUGGUUGGCUCGUGAAUAGAGGCGUGAAGCUCCCAUGUGGCUCUCAGAGCAUGGGGAAAUCUCCAGCUCACUGAUUCAACCUGUACAUUUUCGUUAUUAAUGUUUACUGCUUGUUGAAGCCAGAAGAUUACUGGAAUUUUCCUUUUUUUUCAUGUUUUGUUAUUGGUGUAUUUUCAACUAUUUAAAUUUAGGGGCAUGAAGACUGAGUCUCAUCUCAGACUGUCUCGGGGAUUCCAACGCAGUUCCAAAAUGGCUAGUUCCAAAUCCCUGGCUCUCCUGGAGAGUGCCCACCCAUCCCUCUUUCUUUGCACCAUCUCAUCGCCCAACACUCAAACUGGAAGCCACCAUAUAAAACUCCGAAUCCACCCUGUAUUAUAAAUGUUUUGCAUUCAUUGAACCUGAGAUGCACUUUUGUAUGAAACUUUUAUGUUUUGACAUUUUGACUGAAAUAAUUCGUAUACAGUUUACAGGAAACCACCAUCUCCUGAAGCCAAAAGGAAAGUUAUCUCUGAUGUUAUUGAAAUGUAUUGUAAAAUAUAGAGUUCUGUAUUUGGCAGAGCUCAUUUUUUUGUGUUGCACAUGUGAUGGAAAUAAUAAAAAAUAAACUGUAUGAGGA